AUGUCUCUGUGCAUCAAUGCUCAUUUGAACAAGCUUUCAAGAAAAAACGCCAUUGAUAAGGCAAGUGUCAAGCAAUGGAACGAGCUCUUAGAAAAAAAAAGAACUAUCUGGUUCACAUUGUCUUUCAUCAAGACUUGCAAAUCCUUGGUGUAUUUCAAGAAGCACUCGUAUUUGUAUAUAAUUGCUGUAAGAAGCAAUGUAACAAACAAGGGUGGUCCAGUCUAUUUCUUUGUGACUAAUGCAGAAUUAAUCACAACCUUGUCACAAUGGCUCAGUUGGGUUAAAUCCAACUGUAGCCUGUGUGUCAAGUGCGUGAUGAUUGACUGCAGCCCAGUCGAGAUUGAUGCCCUAGAGGAAGUCUUUGGCCAGUUGGUUCAGAUCCUUUUGUGCUACUGGCACAUCAAGAGAGCAUGGGAAAUGCACAUCAAAAAAGAUAUAAAAAUUAUUGGAGCCACCUAUGAAAGCAAGUGUGAGCAAGAUGCAGUUUGGGUAACCCUCAACUUACUGAUACAUGCCAAGACUAAGGAGGCGUUUGACCAGAAAUACAAGGAAUUUGUUUCCAAGUUUGCUGGCCAUGGGAAAUGUGUGGCAUACUUUGCCACACACUAG